UCUCUGCUGGGAACUCUGCUCCAUCAGUACGCCGCUGUGGAUGUUAUUCUGUAAGAUGUCUGCGAGGGUUCUGUUGGUGUUGGCCGUGGCCGUGGGGGUGGCAGCCCAGUCUGAGCUCGAGCUGCGGGCUGAAGAGUUCCUGAAGAGGUUUGACCAGAACGCCACGGAGCUGAUGUACCAGUACUCACUGGCCUCCUGGGCAUACAACACCAACAUCACUGACGAAAACUCACAGAAGCUGUCCCAACAGGGGGCCAUCUGGGGUGCCUUCUACAUCACAGUCUCAGAGGAAGCUCAGUUAUUCCCCCUCGAUCAGAUCAGUAAUCUGGAGACUAAACUACAGCUCAUGACACUUCAGGACAAAGGCUCAGGAGCGCUGGACGCAGACAAGGGGGCUCACCUGAGUAAGGUGAUGAGUGAGAUGAGCACCAUCUACAGCACGGCCACGGUGUGUAAAGUGGACGAUUCCUUUGACUGCCAGACUCUAGAGCCAGGCCUGGAGCAUGUGAUGGCCAACAGCAGAGACUACUAUGAGCGACUGCACGUUUGGGAGGGCUGGCGAGUGGAGGUUGGGAAGAAGAUGAGGCCGCUGUAUGAGGACUACGUGGACCUGAAGAACGAGGCAUCCAGGCUAAACGGAUUCAAGGACUAUGGCGAUUACUGGAGAUGGAACUAUGAAACCAUUGAGGAUGGCAAGUAUAAGUACACACGGGAUGAGCUCAUGGAUGACGUCCAUCAAAUUUAUAAAGAGAUCUUACCCCUGUACACGGAACUGCACGCGUACGUGAGAUCCAAGCUGCAGCAGACAUACCCCAACCAUAUCAGCUCAGAUGGAGGCCUUCCUGCCCAUCUCCUGGGUGAUAUGUGGGGAAGGUUUUGGACAAAUUUGUACUCACUCUGUGUCCCGUACCCUGAAAAACCUGAUAUUGACGUCAGUAACGCUAUGGUUGAACAGAAAUGGACUGUUGACAGGAUGUUCAAGGAGGCAGAGUCAUUCUUUAUGUCAGUUGGCCUUUACAAAAUGAAUGACAAUUUCUGGAGCGACUCAAUGCUUGAGAAGCCAGAUGAUGGUAGGAGGGUGGUGUGCCACCCAACAGCGUGGGAUAUGGGCAAUCGCAAGGAUUUCAGAAUUAAAAUGUGUACAAAAAUCAACAUGGACGACUUCCUGACUGUCCAUCACGAGAUGGGGCACAACCAGUACCAGAUGGCCUACAGUAACCUCUCCUAUCCCCUGCGAGACGGAGCCAAUGAGGGCUUCCAUGAGGCGGUGGGGGAGAUCAUGUCACUGUCUGCUGCCACCCCAUCACAUCUGCUGGCCCUGGGUCUUCUGCCUGCUGACUUCAAAGAGGACAAAGACACUGAGAUCAACUUCCUGUUGAAGCAGGCUCUCACCAUCGUGGCUACGCUGCCAUUCACCUACAUGCUGGAGGAGUGGAGGUGGCAGGCAUUUCAGGGGACCAUACCGAAGGACGAAUGGAUGCUGCGGUGGUGGAGCAUGAAGAGAGAGUUGGUCGGUGUUGUUGAGCCUCUUCCCAGGGAUGAGACGUAUUGUGAUCCUCCAGCUCUGUUUCAUGUCUCUGGAGACUACUCCUUCAUCCGAUACUUCACAAGGACCAUCUACCAGUUCCAGUUCCAGGCAGCUCUGUGUAAUGCUUCUGGGCAUGUUGGUCCUCUAUUCAAGUGUGACAUCACUAAUUCAACACAGGCAGGCAACAAACUUAGGUCGAUGUUGGAGUUGGGGAGAUCAAAGUCUUGGACCAAAGCUUUGGAACAAAUUUCUGGAGAAACGAAGAUGAAUUCCCAGCCCCUUCUAGACUACUUUAAAGAUCUCUAUGACUGGCUGAAGAAGGAUAAUGAUGCUAACAACAGAACACGAGGAUGGAACCAAAAUAUGGACCCAUAUUCUGAGAACGCUUUCAAAGUGAGGCUGAGUUUGAAGGCUGCUUUAGGGGAGCAGGCUUAUGCCUGGAGCACCGAUGAGAUGUUCCUCUUUAAGACCACCAUAGCCUAUGCCAUGCGACGGUACUACUCACAGAAGGGCGAGGAGCUCAAGUUUGUGGCAGACAACGUGCACGUGUAUAAAGAGACCAAAAGAGUGUCUUUCUACUUUGUUGUGACACAUCCCACUGACUCAGCAAGGAUCAUACCAAAACAUGAGGUGGAGGCUGCCAUACGACUGUCCAGAGGGCGCCUCAACAGCGCUUUCCAGCUGAGCGAUGACACCCUUGAGUUUGAGGGUAUCCUUGCCACACUGGCACCCCCUGCAGAACAGCCGUUUACAGUGUGGCUGGUGGUGUUCGGGGUGGUCAUGGGUGUGUCUGUUCUCCUGGGCAUCUACCUCAUCAGCAUGGGCAUUGUGGACAGGCGAAGGAAAUCCAAGCUGGUAGAAGAGACAAAGUCUGUUACUAACCCUUAUGCUGACAGCGCAAAUGGCAUCGCAAACAGAGGAUUUGAGACCGAAGAUUAUCAAACAGUCAUGUAACUUCACUGAUGAAUAACACGUGAAGGAAAUAUUUUAUGUAGCGAUCCUUAAAGUCUGCCACUACAACACAGACAACACACUACACACUUCAUGAAGGAAAUUGUUUAUAAAAUGGUCAUUAUAGACUGUUUUCAUAGAAACAAUGAAUGGAAUAAAAAUUAGAGGAAGACAUGCAAGGUAUAGAGAAGAUAUAAAUAACUAAUUUCAUUUGUUCAUUUGUUUUUAUUUGAAUAAAGGCACAUUGUCAAAUACUGAGAAACAUAAUGAAAUCAAUAAAUUAAAAUGAAAGUAAAUCUGUGAAGAUAAUAUGACAGUAAUGUGUUUAUAACCUGAAAGAUGUUAGAUGCUUUGAAAUUAUGUCUACAUCCAUAAAUAAAUGCUAUGCUUUCAAUGCUG